ACGAGCAGCUCCCGUCCAGCUCCUCGCAAAGCAACAAACGCGCUUUCAGCGACAGGAAGAGUAACGAGACAGCUUGAGCAAGACUUGAACAUGCAGUUUUGUCAGCUCAGCCGUGGCUAAAGUUACGAGUUUGUGGAUAAGACAAUUUAAAAAGAAGAAAAAAAAAAACAUUCCCGAGGCAUCCUGAUUUUCCUCCUCAGAUUUUUCCACAACAGAGCAGAGCAACUGUCCCGGACUGUCCACAGCACUCUGUAUACGUCUGGGAGAACAGAGAGGCGACGAGAAGAAUGACGAGUUCCUGAGAUGCUCAACGGACUCGUACAUGAUUUUCUAAGGCCUCCAGAAGCUGAAGACGGGGUGUCAGUGACAGCACGAGUGACCUCUCUGAGCUGCCACCAUGGCCCUGGUUCAGCCUCUACCUGUAUCUGCUGAGCCCCACACCCCAGGCCUGAGUGGAGGAGCUCGCAGACGACACCCUUCUGCCCCUUCCCCUCCCAUCAACGCGCCACUGGCCACUCUGGAUCCUAUGGGUUCUGUCGGUAGCCUCAUCACCACCCACCCUGGUCCCUACCAGGACCAUCGCCCAAUUGUUGAGCUGGGAGCCAGAGUCCGACGGCCCACACCAGGAGUUUCCUGCGUGGACUCCGAGUCGCCCCAACAGGAUCUGUUACUGCAAAGCAUUCCCCCAGUCAAGAAACAGAACUCCACGACGUCCAGCAGAGGGCUGGAGAAGGAGACUGGGAACGGGAACUACACAUAUCUGAAUGAGGACUACAUAGGUGACUGGAAUGGCAGUCAUGUGACACCUGGCAGCCCAGGAAGUGAAGUAGACGAGAUUAAAGGAUUAAAUGGAAAUAUUGGAGGACCUCCUCCUAAACUGAUCCCAGUGUCAGGAAAACUUGAGAAGAAUAUGGAGAAAACAGUGCUGCGGCCCACUGCCUUCAAACCCGUCAUUCCCAAGAGCCGCUCCACGAUGCAGUAUCUCUCGCCUCGCCAUUGUGCCAAUGCACCAGAAAGCCAAAACAACCUGAACCUGCUCAGCCCCACCCACAGAGAUGUGUCGCCCUCCUGCUCUGAGAAGCGUAGCUCCUAUAGUGGUGGGCGUAACGCCGCUGGUGGUAACAGCCAGUCUUGCUCAUUAUCAGACUCUGGACGCAAUUCCCUCUCUAGCCUGCCGCCUUACAGUGCUGCCAGCUACAACCUGCCGUCGGGGGAGGCUUCCGCUGGCCACCUAGAGCCCAUGAAGAGCGCCCCGCCAGUGACUGUACAUGGACACUCCAACUCAGACAGCGGACGAUCCUCCUCCAGUAAGAGCACAGGCUCUGGGUCGAUAAGUGGGCGGGGGCAGCCUCUGUCUGACAGCGGGUCCGGUGGGCGUUCUCCUGGCCCUGUGGAAGGCUAUGAGGGGGUGGUAAGGGACCUAGAGGACAAACUGAGGGAGAGAGAGCUGGAGCUGCAGCAACUCAGAGACAAUCUGGAUGAGAAUGAAGCUGCAAUAUGUCAGGUUUAUGAGGAGAAGCAGAAGCGCUUUGAGCUGGAACUGGAGGAGCUGAGGCAGGGCUGUGCCACCAGGAUGCAGGUCGCCUCUCAGAAAGCCCAGCGUGCACAGCAGGUGCUUCAGCUGCAGGUUUUCCAGCUCCAGCAGGAGAAGAAGAAACUGCAGGAGGACUUUGCUCAGCUUCUGAAGGAGAGGGAGCAGCUUGAGGAGCGCUGCACCUCGUAUGAGCAUGAGAAGAUCCAGCUGGGCCCUCGACUCGAGGAGACCAAGUGGGAGGUCUGUCAGAAGUCUGGGGAAAUCUCGUUGCUGAAGCAGCAGUUGAAGGAAGUGCAGAGUGAGUUAGCUCAGCGUGUGGGGGAGAUCGUCUCACUGCGGGGUCAACUCAGGGAGACUCGUGGCGAGCUGACCAACACCCAGGUGCUGCUCCAGGAGGCCCACGGCACCAUCCGAACUCGAACACUGGAGCUGGAGGUGUGUGAAAAUGAGCUUCAGCGUCGCAAGAGCGAAGCAGAGCUACUCAGAGAAAAGGUAGGACGCCUGGAGGUGGAAAUGGCUCAUCUCCGAGAUGCUCUGGUCAAUCAAGGCCCGGGAAACAGACAGUGUCAGGUGUUUCAGGAAGCCGAGGAGCAGCUGCUCGCCUACGAGAGCGACGAAGCGAAGGCUCAGCGGCAGAGCAACACCGAGGCGCUGCAGAGCAUGAAGGUGCAGAUGGACAGGAUGAGAUCCGAGUUAGCUUUUGAGCGUCAAAAAGCUGAGCAGCAACUGGGAAGCUUUGAGGAGGAGCGCAAGAUAUGGCAGGAGGAAAAGGACAAAGUAAUUCGCUACCAGAAGCAGCUGCAGCAGAACUAUGUGCAGAUGUAUCGCAGGAACCGAGAGCUGGAGCAGCUCCUGCAGGAGCUCAGUUUGGAACUGGAAAGCAGAGAUGAUGAUGAGGGCAGCGGCAAUGAGAUCAACUUUGAUGAAAUUGCCGCAACAGAAAUUUGACCCUCGUAUCUGUCCUUUGAUUGUGUUUGUUCUUUUUUUCUUUUUUUUAAUUUUGCACUACUGUCAGCUAAUUGUCUUUCCUCCUUCAUGUUCAGACAAGCAUAAAAGUACUUAAAAUGUAAAAAAAGUGGUGUGUCACACCUGCACCGCUUGAUUUCUGCUUCAUUGGUCUGGUCUACAAGUCUCACUUUAAAGCCACUGACCUUUAAUUAGUUGUUAGCCCUCCACCUCAAUCCUUUGCCCUUCUAUUAAUGUAUGUUAGUAUUAACACUGACCAGAUAUAAGCAUACGAGCCCUGGUCCUCUCACACUUUUCAAAGUUCGUGGGAGAUUUUGUUUGUGGGUGACUCACUUCUCUCAUUCUCUCAACCUUUCGCUAUCCUCCCCCUGUGUUGUUUAUGACUCCACCUUCCCUGCUGGCUUUAGCACUCCCACUCUGUGCUAGUAGUCAGCUCUCAUUAGUGCAGUUCAUUUAGACAGAGCCCACGCUGUUGUCAGCGAUCGUGGGAUACCACACAAUCAGGAUGUCAUGAUAAGAGUGAAUCAGAGCCUGGUGCUAAUCACUGACAGGUCUAUCUUGUUGUUUUUUCUCAGAACUAGUCAAGCUUUUAUGCUAACUGCUUCAUGACCUACAAGUAAACUGUUGAAUGUUCUCUACUUAUUUUCACUGUAGCAACAAAAAAAACCCUAGUCUUUUUUUGUUGCCCAAAUAUGAUGUUUCUGGACAUGUAAUGAUCUUGGAAAACAAACUUAAGGCUUCUUAAAAAUGCACUCUGAUACAAAGUGGACUAUUAGUCUUUAUUUAUUUUAUUUUUUCAUAUUUAUACUAUUACAAGGUGGAUGCUCAUAUUAAAAAUGGCCAAUUAAAAAAAAUCAAAAAAAGAAAUUAGGUCAGCAUUUGUGCAAGUAAUCCCUGUGAGCCAAAAGCUCUGGCUUUUUAAAGUGCAUGUCCUUAAUAUAGUCAUAUCUGGCACACAUCAGCCCCAGCCACCUACUGUUCACACCUUCUGUUAGCGGUGGGCAGCCAAUCAAAAUAUCGCUUAGAGCUGCCUUAAGGCCCAGUAUGAGAUAUCUGAAAAGUAUAACCCCAGGAUUUACACUCGGUACAGCUGGAGCUGAUUGCAUCCACUUAAGACAAUGCUUGUAGUUUCACCAUGCUGCGGCAUGUUUCAGAAGUACCCGAGGAGCAGCUCUCCACUCCGCAUCACUUAAAAUGUUGCUGUGCAUCAAAGCGGCAUCAAAAGCACAGAGCAGAUGAGGAGGAGCGCAGGAAGUCAGCAAUAGGCCCAUGUAGACCAAACACAAACCGUUCUGGUGUGAUUUGAAGGUUCGCAAGGAAUGGCAAAAAAUUGUCAGAAGGGCAGCGACAGAGACAUUCAACCAGUGUACUCCCCAGAGCUCGUAAUGUGCACAAUAGGUUCCCCUUAUCCCUAAAUUAACGGAGAGGGUGGAAGCUGUGUCAUGAACAUCUGUCUAGUCUUAAUUCACAGUAUUUAACAAUGCCUGGAACAAAUAUUACUUUAACACCACUACACGUAUCAGCUUUAAGCUCGCACAGACACAAACAUCUGUGCCACGGUUAUCUCAAGAUUGGAUUAAAUAACUCUCCCGGAGAGUAGCAGCAGAACAUGAGGAUAAAAUCUUCCAAAACCUUAACAGGACAGUAACUUCAUGAUAUCAUUGCUUUAAAGAUGAUAUUUACCAAAAACCAUUAAUGUCCCAAAUCACUUCCUGUUUACUGUUCGAUUUAGAGUUUUUCUGCACCAUACAGUGGCUUUAAUUUCCAGAUACGGAACAAAAACUAUCUCCAUGUCAUUUUUACUUCUUUCUGUUACCAGUGCUGUAGUACGGUCAGUCACAUCUUAUUCAAAUCUACGCUAAAAAGUGUGUGCUCACUCUUAGUAAAAUGCUGAGUGUGUGUUUUACGGGUGAGAAAUAGCCCAGGACUAGCCAUGAUUUAUUUACUUAUGUACACCUGUGCAUAAUCGUCUUGCUGUUUUUGCAAAAGCUAGACUGUCUUCAUUUUGUUAGUGUUUGGUGGAAACACCAUUAACUUCUCCCUUAAGUUUAGGAUCAAACUAUUUUGGUUUUAAAGAAAUAUGACAUCAGGACAAUAUGGAUGAUAAUUUUGUCUGGUAAUAAAUCAAGCGCACCCCUGUCCUUUACAGCAGUGCAACUUCACUUCUAUUCUAAAACCGAAAACAAAUUCACCAUUCAGUUCAGCUUGAACUAAAUGGAGAGAGACAAACAAGAGUCUUUGGUCAACAAGCUCUAACUCUAGAACAGGUUUGAAGUGAAAGGAUCAUCAGUGUUUGCCUGCAAACAGGAUCUCUGAGGGUUUCUCAUCUGGUCCUCUUUCAGUGAUGGUCAACCGGAUGUUUGCUUGUUAUCUGCUACUGCUCUCCCUCUGGUCCAAAGAGGAGCAGCAGUUUUUGUAAGUUUAACUUAAAAUGCACCAACUAGCCUAAAGGUCAAGGAAAUCCCAUGUGAAAAGCCCCCCCCUUUUUUUUUUUAGGUUUAGCAAAUUCAUGGUUUUAAAUCAUCAAUAAUCAUGUUAAAUAAUCAGGAUUGCAAGAUUUUUGUCCAAAAUGAUCAUGAUUGUGGCUUUUGCCUAAAUCAAGCAGCCUUAUUUUGUGGUUGUGGACCUGCUGAUGAGCAUGCAGAAGUAAAAAAGGGAGAAGUUGACAGUGUUGAGAAUUAGAUGCAGUGUUUUGGAUCUCCUUAAACAUCCAGAUAUUAAAGGGAAAUCAUAAUGCCUAAUGUCUUAUAUCACACAGUAUAUUGUGACUGUUUUUCCCCUUUAUCAUUUUUUUGUUUUUUAAUCAUAAUUGGAGAACCUACUCUCAAAGAGGUCGUCGUUUUUCUGUGUGGAUAAAGUGUUAUGAACGUUUCCGUAUUACUCAUCGCUGAAAUGGCGAGCUCUUGUACCAAGUGACGUUUUCGUUUAAAGUCAAACUAAUUUUCCACCGACUGCUUAAAUCUGUUUAUUUACGUCCCUGUACCACAGGAGGAGACGCGUCCUGUUCCCCUCUCACUGCUGAGUGAAUCGUUAUUAUCCUCCAUUAUUAUGUAAAUAAACCUCACUUGUCCCACAUAACAUGAUAAAGUUUUCUUCCAGAGAUGUGUUCAUCUCACAAUAAAAGCAUAGCCACUGUGAAUAGACCAAAGCAAUGUCCCACGUUCUAUAUUUUGCUCCUACAGAUAUGAUGCCUGUAUAUUACUGUUUGUGUAGAUGUUUGUUUUGGUUCCUUAGUAUAAUUUUAUAAUCCACAAUAUUUGUAUGAAAACAUUAAAUGUAUAUUUUCAUGCUGUACAUUUCUUGAACAAACCCACUCUGGUUUUAAUAAUAAAAAAAGAGACAAAAGUUUAA